GAGGCUCGGAGAGAUGGGAUAUUUGCUGGCUUGACGUCGGGCCUGGCAGGAGGCAAGUUAAUUCACGUGCCCCCAUCACUAGUAGGCUCAAAAUUUAUGGGCUUUGGCCGGAAUAAAACUAUUAUCAGUGGUGCUCUGACGGGUCUGCUAUCCGGUUACUUCUUCACCCAAGCGUUCCUUUCAUCCAACAUGGCCCAAUUGAGAUCACAAUCUGUAUCGUCAGACACUGAAACCGACCCCUGGCCCCGCAUAUAA